AUGCUUUCAUCGGAUGUAGACUUCAGCCCUGUUACCCAUGCCAUUCCCAUGCAUCCCGUUCCUAUCUCUUCCAAUGGUGGCGCGACUUUGGAUUGGACAGGUUCCUUGUCUGAUGGCGAGAGAAGUGAUCGUCGUUGGACCCUUUCCAUCAGUAAGCGCAAAGGGAAAGACAGGGCAUUAUUGUCUCCUCGGUCUAUGCUGGAGAAACAGGAGGCCCUUUUUGCAGAUAGGAUUGCCAGGAUCAAGGCUGAAGCUCAACCACAUACCUUGCGAAAAGCGGCAAUCAUCAGCGAACAGCUUGAACGUCGAUAUACAACACUGGGUGGACCUUCUGCCACCGGCAAAGCUGUGAACUUGUUGAGUGCAGCUCGUUGGUAUGCUUCUUUGGAUGAGCACGUUCAAAAGUCUCUAGACGAGGCUGAGCCUCUAACCUGGCUUAAGCACUUGCUGGAUAAGCCUGGUCGAACGCGAUCGCAGUGGCAUCUGUCUUCUCUAAUAGUCGAAGAAUACGCGAGGAAUGAAGGUCACCCAUCAGCGACGACUGACCACAAAUCCUCCGAAGCUUCAGCACUUCCCCCUGAUAGUGGUAGCACGACAUUGAGCCCACCGACUAGCCCAUAUCAUUUCGUGCAGUCGGCUCCUGCAUCAAAGCAAUCUUUCAAUGACUCGCUAACUAGGGUCCGCUCUCAUGACGACUAUCUAUCCUUCGAGCCGCGAGUAACCCCAGCCCGCUCAUCCGAAGACAUUGAACGCAGGGACUGGAAAGAUCCGCGACGGACCCACCGACAUUCACUACCCGGAAUGUUUGAGUCUCCUCAUGCCUUUGCUUCGGCCUUUGCUGCAGCCUCCUCCCCUCAGCAGACUUCUUCCUCGGCAAAGCAGGGAGAAUUUUCUCCGGCAAGCAGUCGUCUGCAUGUGCACGACCUCCUCCAGCGCAGACAUCGCAAGACCUAUGAAAGCGAUGAGGGGUCGUCAUCUCUCCAUUCACAAUCGGAAGGCAACAGUCGACGAGAGAGCACUAGAAGUGGUCGCAAGAAACCGAAACGGUCACGCCCCUCUGCCUCCGCUUUACAGUCUCCUCAGGAAUCUGCCACCGAGAUGAUGGAGGAUAACGAGAGUACGAGUUUGUUGCGGCGAUCAGCACUACCGAAGGCCUCUCAAUCGGACGAAGCCGUUCCUUCGACCCUAGAUAAUACGGGGUACGUUGAGGGCAAGGACGUUGUUCCUGAAAAGGCGUCACCCGAUAAGCCUGCCGCCCUCUUUGCGCGAAGAAAGCGUGUGCGACGGUUGUCUUUGGUCAUGACCGAGAGGUCUUCAACAGAAGAGAGCCGCCCACAGUGGGAUCAGGAAGAAGAGGAACUUCUCCAGCAUGCUUACGAGGAGAAGUCACAAAUGCUCGCCGAUAUCAAGGCCCAAAAUCAACGAAUGAGGCAGAGGCUCAUGCGUAUCGCCUCCGACAUCCGAGAGUUUGAUAACCUCCGCACCGAGUUGUGGAAAACUUUUGGUUUUGUUCACCGCUCCUUGUCGUCCACUCUUUUUGAUACCUUCGGUCAUGACCCAUCGUCAGUCACUGGGCACACUCGUAGGAAUAGGGGGUGGCGUGCCGUGGAAGAUACACACACCAGAAUACAACGACAGCGAAAGACCCUCGACGUCUUUCUCAGCAUCUCACGGGAAGAUGGUACACCCAACAUCGAGAGCGUCUUGGAUGAACCGAUAUCUUCCCUCAUGAAUAUACUUCAAACUCUCGAGAAAGACCAAACAGAAAUCCGGGAGAAAUCAUUGGAGGUUACCCCUAUGCUUGAACAAGUGAAGAGCGUCCACGCUGCCGUCAAGUCUCAAUAUAACUCUACAUUAUCCCAUGUUUCCGCGCUUUAUCCAGAACUUUCGCACAUCAUUGCCUUGGAGGAAAGUUACAAGGAUCAGUAUCAACAAGUUUGGGAGCUCGGUAUGGAUGCUUUGACCUUCCUAUUGGAUACAGUAGCACCCUUCUGGAGAAAUUAUGGCAAAGUUAUCGGUGUCGACAUCCAGGAUUUUCUCAUUAUACCUCUAUAUCGCAACGAGUUCACCGGCGAGGCGAAGCGAUACAAGAUCAAGUCACUUCCCAAGCGCUCGACUCGUCACUGGUUCGCGCUCAUAUUUCUUUUCAGUCUCACAGUAUUUGUCACACUCCUUCAAGGCCGUGCGGCCGUUUUCUCCGCGCAUCAUUACGAUUUGACAUGGAUUGAAAAUGCGGGCCUGCGGUGGGCCAUUAUACCUUUCUUUUGGAUUGCUAUACCCAUUCAGUGGAUCGCUGUGAUUAUCGAAUUUUUCGUCGUCCUCACGCAAUUGGGCGUGAUUGCAUGGUGGAUGCUAUGGACCGUCAACGUCGUCAACUAG